AUGCGCGGUGCUCGGGGUGUUCUGCCCGAGCCUCCUGCCCACACGCUCGAAAACCAUGACAUGCUUCGUGAGACAGCUCGUGUCCGGCCUAGUUCUGCUGAGCGUCAAAGAGAUGUAGACAUUCCUCCUCGAAGUUCGAGUCGUCUGCAUCGGUCGAAAGAUGGAGAUCGAAGUGGGAGGUCUGCUUAUGAUCCAGCUGUUGAACCGUGGGCAGUCAAGCGUGGAGUUGAUUCAGUAUCAUUGACUCCUUUGGAGAUGAAGUUGGCGGAGGCUAAGAAGAUGAGAGAGUCAUCUGCUCGGGCUAAGGGUUCUUCUUCAGCGACGGCGGUUGGUCCCAAGGUGGAUAAGUCUAACCCUGCGGGGGAUGCAUGCGUGUCUGAUCUGCUCAAGACGAACUUCCUAUCGAACCCGUCCUCAUGUGCUGAGCUGGUUGAUCACAUUCGUCAGGCAGGCGAUCUUGGCACUUUCUCGAGCCUUUCCUUGGAAAAACAAAGGGAAGCGUCAUUCCAUCUGAUUCAAAAAGGAUUGGUUUUUGCUGCAGAGACCAUUUGGAACUCAUCUGCUGUUGCCCCCUCUUCUGCUCAGCUUAGCGAGCUGGAGAAGAAGAAUGCUGAAUUGGCCAGCCAUCUUGCUGCCGAGCAGGCCCGUUAUGAGAAGAAGACGCAUGAUUUGAGGGCAAUGAUUUCUGAGCUGAAAAGCUCCCUUACCGAGAAGGAUUCUGAGCUCAACUCUCUUGCCACUGAUUUGGUUAGUCGCAAAGAUGCCUUCUUUAGUCUUGAGCGUAAGAAUGCUAACAUCUCCCUUAGCUAUGACAAGCUCCUGGCUAGAUUUCACGCAUACCACAAGUCCGCAGAAAAAUCCAAGUCUGAAGCCAUCAUAGACGCGUACAAGUUGGGCUACCUGCACUGUGCGGAUGAGGUUACUCCCUUGUAUGCGAUUGACGAUGUAGACAUCGAGACACUCUGCCCUGAUUCACCCCGUGCAGAAGGAGGAACCGAAGAGCAAGAAGUUGGAGAGGAUGGAGGGGAGGUGGACACAGUAGAUGAGAUGAUGGCAGAUGAGGCUGCUGAAGGCAUAGCUGAUCAGGUGGAUGCCGAAGAGGCUGCGACUCAGAGGUCUCCUGCCGGCGCCUCAGAGUAG